AUGACGUCACGCGGAAGAUAUGUGUUCGCCAAGAGCCUGUUCGAGGGCGGGCAGCUGGACGCUCUGGAGUGGGCCGUCUACCAGGAGUGGCACACGUUCCUCGUGGGGCAGCUGGGCGCGCACACCGCCCCGCACGCGUUCCUCUAUCUCCGCGCCUCCCCGCAGAGAUGCCUGGAGCGGCUGCGGUGCCGGGCGAGGCCGGAGGAGCGCGACGUGACCCUGCGGUACCUGCAGCAGCUCCACGUGCAGCACGAGCGGUGGCUGCUGGAGCGCAGCGCUGAGGUGCAUUUCGCAGAGGUGAGGCACGCGCCUGUCCUGGUGCUGGACGUCGAGGGGGACUUUGAGCACGAUGCAGCUGCGCAGGACACGCUGAUGGCACGGGUGGAGGAUUUCGUGAAGGUGCUGCGAGACGGAGCUCCACAGCACCCCGAGUCCAAAUGAGCCCCGUGGCCACGAGGAUGGGCACACAGCUGGCACCGCUGCUGGGCCCUGAGCUGCACUCCCUGCAGUAGCACUGUGGGUAUCCAUGAGGCCGCUGGGAGCUGCAGCCCUACGCGUGCCACAGAUCCCUUCCCCCCCACAUCUGUUCUGCAGCACAGGGUGAACAUGCUUGGGUCCAUUCCAAUGGAAAACAAAAAAACAAAGCAAAAAUCUCUGUGCUUUUAUUUGUGUUUAGGGUACAACAAAAUCCAGAUGCUUU